UGAGUCAGAGGGGACUUUCAACUGUGCUUUUUUCUCCGUUUAGACUAGAUAUCUCAGAUACAGUAUGGCUGGAUCGCAAGGAGUCUCCACGUUAUGCGAAAAUACUAACGAAGUAUUCUUGGACGUAGCCAAGUUGUUAAUAACGUAUGCUGACAACAUAAUUAGAAAUCCAGAUGAAGACAAAUACAGAUCGAUUCGUAUUGAAAAUCGUACAUUCUCCACUAAACUUUUGCCCAUCAGAGGUGCAGUGGAAUGUCUUUUCGAAAUGGGGUUUGAAGAGGCUGAAACUCACCUGGUGUUUCCCAAGUCUGCGUCAGUGGAACAGUUAAAGCAAAUACGGGAAACCAUUGCCGCUGAGCGGGACCAGAGACUAAGAGCAAGGCAGCCCACUCCGUCUCCUCAGACAAACAGUGCACCUGCCUCUGCACAGGGUGGCCCUGUGGCGCCCAGUCAACCAUCUACACAUGUUCCAAUACAAGCACAGUCCUUGGAGAACAGUAUGAGUUUCCUCAGAACCCUUCAAGCUAACUUCCAGCAUGUGAUGUUGUAUGAGAACCCUGAGCUGCAGAUCAAGGCCCGGACCUGCAUACCACACCAGCAGCUGUCUUCCACUGCCAAGGAGAAGUUACAGCAGGCCAUACAGGAAGAUCCAGAGUGCAAUUUGAGAGAAGAUGACCUACUGACUCUGGAGCUGCUUCGCUGGUUCAAACAGGAGUUUUUCACCUGGGUCGACUGCCUUCCCUGUAGUCGAUGUGGAGGUCAGACCCAGUCUUCUGGGGCUCUAGCCCCAUCUGCUGAUGACCUGCGCUGGGGGGCUCAGCGUGUGGAGAACCACUUCUGUCCUGCCUGCCAGCUGUCCACCAGGUUCCCCAGGUAUAAUAAUCCUGAGAAACUGCUGGAGACCAGGAGGGGUCGCUGUGGCGAGUGGGCCAACUGUUUCACCCUGUGCUGCAGGGCCAUAGGCCUGGAGGCCAGAUAUAUUUGGGACAGCACAGACCAUGUGUGGACAGAGGUGUACUCUAUCUCCCAGCACCGCUGGCUCCACUGUGACUCCUGUGAGAAUGCCUGCGACAAGCCUCUGCUGUAUGAGAUUGGCUGGGGGAAGAAACUGUCCUAUGUUCUUGCUUUCUCAAAGGACCAGGUGAUUGACGUGACCUGGAGGUAUUCCUGUAAGCAUCGGGAAGUCCUAUCAAGGCGGACUCAGGUCCAGGAACCCUGGCUGCUACACACCUUAAAUGGGCUCAAUGCUGUGAAGCAGCAGUCCCUUAGCCCAGACAGGAAGAAGGAGCUGAUAGACAGGCUACUAGUGGAGCUGGUGGAGUUUAUAUCUCCUAAGACCCCCAAACCAGGAGAUCUGGGGGGACGCAACUCUGGAUCACUGGCCUGGAGAUUAGCCCGAGGAGAGGUUGGAGCACGGCCCCCCCCACAGGCUCCAGGGUUUGUGUUCGUUCCCACUGAGAGAGAGAAGAGUGGGAGGAUAUUCCACCUCCGCUACAAUGCAACAAAGGACCGGUACUGCCGGGUGUCCAAUGGCGACGAGGACAUACCAGGCUGGGAAAAGGGUGUGUGGAAGAAGGAGUCUGUUUUCAGGAAGGUGGAGAACGACUGGCAAAUGGUCUACAUCGCUAGAACGGAGAGCUCUGCCUCAGGAAGCGUGAGCUGGAAGCUUGACUGUGCCCCAGUGGGGAUGAAGAUAAAGACAGUCUCUGUCAGAGCGUGUAGCCAGACCUUUCACUCAGGGAGGGUCUGCUGGAGCCUGCGCUCAGGCCAGAACAUCACAGAGUUCUCUGGAGACGGUGAGAUGCUUUCGGUUGCAAGUCUCUCCGGCUCUACUGAACUGGUCGUGGAAGCAGAGCUCAGUGGCGGGGAAGGAGAGUCGUCAUGGCAACACACCCAGCUGUUCAGACGGAGUUUGAAGGAACUGGAGGAAUCCUCUUUUGAAAUCCUCAUAGACCUAGAGAAUGCUUGAUGGUGGAGACUUGGUGUAUAGUCUGAAACUGUUUUUUUUUUUGUGGAUGUAUAGGUUAUUUUUGCAACACUUACACCAGAAUAUUUAUGUGGUCUUUGUGUAGAAUGUAUUAGUAGUAGGUAUGAUCAAUUAAAAAUUAUGCUGUUUGGUUUUAACUUAUAUAUGCCAGUAAUGGUAAACGGCAUGACCCAGGGUCAUACCUAACUUAUGUUAUAAGCCACAGACAAACGCAUCUUGUAAAAUCAUGUAUCAAGUAAAAAGGUUAAAAGACAAUAAUGAGGAAACAAAAUUAUAUGGGGUCGUCAGCUGUUAUAAUUCAUGGUGUCUUUUAUCAUGUUAUUUUUCAUGGUGUCUUUUAUCAUGUUAUUAUACACCACUAAGCAGUGUCUAAUGUUGACCUUGCAUGUGUGGUGCAUGAUACCUCAAAUUCACUUCGAAUUGCGCCAUCCAUGACAUAAAAUAUAUCAUUUCUCUUCGUGUACCCAAUGUGCAAUAAAGGUCAUUUUUGCUACUA